UGCCUCUGUGUAUUUCAGUUUGCGAUUCUUUUGCGGAAAACUGAAUUUUUUAUCCCUACCUCUAACCAUAAAAACAUUCAUGUGUAUGAAAUAUGAAUCAAAUAAACAGCUAACACAAUCUCACAAACAUUCUCGUGGUGUUCUACUGAUACUUGUGAUAACAUGUCCGAACCAAAGAAGAAAAUAAAACCCGAAAACAAAAAAUCUAAACGUAAAGUUACAAAUAACAACAACACAAAUGUGAAUCCUCCGAAAAAGUUUAAAUUUGCGAAGAGGGUUCCUGACGAUGGCAUCGCAAAAUCGAAACAACUUGCACAGAAACUGCGAACGACUAGAUCCAGUAGCUACGGCCGGCCAAAAACUCGCAGCGCCAAUAAGGAUGACGAACCCAGACUUUGUGGCAACGGGAUGCCUAUGCCUUCCUUAUCCGAGCUAGAAAAAAUGUUUGAAGACUCUGAUGGUGAUGAUGAACCAACCAAAGAUACUCCAUCGAAUGAUAUUGUCAAACCAUCAACUCCUAAAAAGAAUCCAAAACUCAAAGAGAAACUCAUGUCCCCAACCACUAUUACUGAAAUUGCAAAUAGAAUGUUACAUUUAGUAUCAAACAUUUCGGACCCCACUGAAUUGCUUGAAGAUGCACCUACACCACGAGUAAUUAAACCUAAGAAACGAAAGAAGCCUGAUGAACCCUAUAUUGUGGGUUGCAAAGACCGGCCAAGAGUACCAGAAAAACCUACAAUAAAGUUCUGCAAAGGUGAUGAUAAAUACGGACCAGAUUCAAGUGAGAGUGAAGAGGAUAUUCCAACAAAGCGGGCGAAGAGAGGCAAGAAGAUAAAUUUAUCAAAAUCAAUUUUCAAUGCUAAAAGUGAUGAAAUUGCUGCACGUCUAAAAGAGUGUGAAAAGGAUGGUGAUAGCAGUUCAGAUAGUAAUAAGACUGUUGCUUAUGAAUAUUAUACUCCUAUUAAUAAUGGUAGGCCACGGUCAUUUUCCCCACUACCAAGCACGUCCACAGACAAUGAGACGAUUGUGAAAAACGAUCAACGUUUUAAUGAGAGCUUAAUCUCUGAAAAUAAUACAGAAUCUGUAGAUGAAGUAAAAAUUUUAGAAGCACCCUGUGAGAUAAUUGAAAUAAUUGAAACAACUUCAAAUCGAGCUUCAAACUUGAAUGGAAGUAUCAUUGAAAUUAAAGAUGAUGGCUCCACACAAAUUUUAGAUGACAAGUCAGGUUCUAGUAACACAACUAACUCAGCUGACGAUCAGGUGCAAGUAACAGAUGAUAAUGUUGCUCAUAAUAAUGCUUCUAACACUGAUGAUAUUACAGCUUCUACCACAGAUGAUGAUAGUACACAAAAAGCAGAUGUAAACGUGGCUCUUGAUACAGCCCCUAACACUGAUGAUGAUAGUGUGCAAAUAGUACCUGCAAAUCCUUCUCCAAAUACAACUCCCAUCACUGAUGAUGAUAGUGUGCAAAUAGUAGAUGUAAAUCCUGCUCCUAAUACAGCUCCCAACACUGAUGAUGAUAAUGUGGAAGUGGUAGAUACAAAUUUUACUCAUAAUUCAACUGCCAACACUGAUGAUGAUAGUGUACUACUAGUCGAUGAUUACUACGGUAAUCUUGAUAUUGAGAUUGAUAUAUCCGAUGAUAAUGACAAUGAAGUGAUUGAUGUAGAUGACAUUAUAGCUCAAAAUAAUGCAAUACUUAAAAAAUACAGUAACACCAACAGUUAUGAUACUGUGACUUUGGUUGAUGUAACCAAUAUACAGAGUCCAGCGGCACAGAAUAACCAUCGUGAUGAAAAAAAUUGUAGUGUACAAAGAAAUAGAAAUGAUAGUACUACUCAAAAUAAUAAUGAUGCAAACUCUAAUAGAAAUAACUCUGAAUUGCCAUCAGUAAUUGUUCCAAAUACUGCUGUAACACAGAGACCAACAGUUGUGCGAAAUAGAAAUAAAGAGUUUGAUAACGAACUAGAGUUUAUUGGUACUUAUCCAAACCAAGCCAAUGAUGAAGUUCAUCGAAAUCCAGGACGAAAUGAGACAAUCAUCACUAUCAACCAUGACAAUGUGGGUUGUCCAUCAGGGACCACUGCACCAAAUCAUAUAAAUACUAUUGAUAACAAUAGAAGACCUCUGGCAUCACAAAAUAGAUGUCAACACCAACUUACAACUGUACUCAGGUCACCAGGGGACAGAUGUGAUUAUUGUCAUAAUCCACCAACCAGCACUGACUAUGACAAUCCUAUGUCUCAAGAACAGUUGCAAAUAAUUGGUCAAUUCUUUGAAAGGAGGCGUGAUUAUGGUGAUAAUAAUCGUGGUGGCAGACGGCCACGUAGGGGGAGAAAAGGUAAUAAUAUGCUAAAUAUGUCUCAGCAUUUUAUGACAUGGUUAGAAUCUAUGACAAAUAAUGAUAACUCAAGAAAUGGUCAGAGUAAUAUUACACAGACACAUAAUGAUUUACCAAGUCCAGGAUUAUCAAAUAAUGAUACCCCUGAUAAACCUAGUAAACGAAUUGGUGACUGCCCCAUUUGUAUGGACUCAUUAUCAAGCAAACCAAUAGCUUCAACUAUAUGUGGUCAUGUAUUUUGCAUGAAUUGUCUUAAGUUAUCUAUACGUUCAAAUGGUAGCAAAUGUCCUACUUGCAGGAAAGUUAUUAAAAAGGGUGGCUUCCAUCAAAUAUUUUUGUAAAAUAUUGAAUAAUGCUCUGUUUGUAUUGAUGUAUCAAUCUGUGAUUUAGAUUAUUGUCAUAAAAGAAAUGUAUCAAUAUUUAAAUAAUUCAGUGAUUAGAUGUUUUGCCUCUAUUCACAAAAUUAUAAGCAAUUUCAAAUUAUUUUUAUCGAUUAGAAAAUAACAAAGCUACUUCAAUUUUCAGUAUUUUUGUUGCAGUAAAUUAAUUAUAAUAUAUUUCUUUUGUGGGAUUGUAAAAUUUACAGCACAUGAGUGAGACAUAUUUUUAUAAGAUCAUUAACAAUUAAUUUUACUUGGUGUGAUAAGUGUGUGAAUUUUGUAUCUGAUAGGUACACCAAGUAAGUGGCACAGUUCCUGAGUGAGUUGGCUUUGCACAUGUCAACUUCUCAAUCAUAAGUCUCCAAAGGUCAUCCUCAGCACCUUAUGAUCUGUGCCUGUGCUGGGGGUGACUCUUUAGUCACUAAUGACUUUUUAUUACAUGUUGUAAUACAAUUUUUUAAUUUGAUCAAUUGAAAUCUAUUAUUCGUAAUUUUAAACUGUCAGUCUUAUACAUUCCAAUUUAAUAUAAUUAAAAAUAACUCUUAAUCACACUGGUAUGGAAACUAAGUGUUGCUAAAAUUCCAAUAUUAGGUAUAAGUCCCAGUGAAUGUUGAUUAUACCAAAAUAAAGGUCAAUAUACGUAUUCCAAUUCUUACAUAUUAAUAGUUUGUUAAACAAUCCAACCAAAGACAAUAUUAUGUUAAUGUGGUUUGUACUUAGUUAUAAUCUAAUAAAGGUUUUAAUUUUUAAUCAAACCUAAAAUGUAUGGUAUUUUAUGUAAACCAAUUUGAUUUUUAUGAGAAUACCUUUGAAAGGUUUUUCUCUUUCAUUGUAUUGAACUCUAUUAUUGAUUUGUAUUGAGAAUGUUUAUUAAUAAAUAAUUAUUAUUUUAAUUGAUUCAUGAUGCCAUAACUUUAAUGUAGGGUAAGUUUAGGUAACACAUCAACUGUGGUCAAAACUCAAAUUAGAUUUAUAAAUAAAAACUGCCUUUUAUGAUUG